AUGCAGUCAACAACAUCUGACUCUCACUCUGCUAAGAGGAGGAGAACACAAGCUCGUCCUACCGCUACCGCUGCCCACGACCAAGAACUCGACGAAUCGCGCUUCUACGAUCCCACCCAAGACCAACACGAACGCCAGGAAAUAAAGAAAAAGUCCCGUGCAUUGGAGCGCGAGUUCAAUGAGAACCGGGAUGUCUACCUUCAGGAUGGCGGCCGGCUCGAGUCCGUCAUCGACCGAGCAAAUGAAAAUUUCCAUGGUGUCAAGCAGACAUCAGAUGCUACUGUCGACUCUCGCUUGUUUGUCGGUAUCUCGGACAUGCUCCUGAAGGCAUCUGCUCAGCUUACCCUCGGCGACAACUCGACCGGCGUCGACAUUGACGAGUUCGUAUCCAAAUGCAUCAUGUUUAUGAGGAACGACCAUGGUCAUACUUCUGCCUCCUCAACACAGCGCCGCAGACAAAGACAGAGCCGUCGUGAUGACGAUGGUGACGAGGAUGAUGAUCAAGAUGCAAACGAUGUCCUUGACUGGGCUCACCUUGGUACACAUGCCUGCUUCCCUCACAAUCUAAGGCCCCCUGCUCCGAGUUUCCUGCUUGGCCCACUCUCUGUCCAGAAAAAGAUUCGCGUCCAGACCCAACGUCGUGCUCGUCAACGCAAAGAUUCUACUGUUAAGGAAGUCCGCCCAGAAGCCUUGACUGAACGCGAUCUCCAAACAAAUGAGAACAAUGCCUUGACAACAUUGUGUCAGAACAUAAAGAAGAUACUUGACAACCACUGUGAAACGGCUAUCGCAGAAAUAGAAGCACUUGGUGAUCUGGACGAAGACCAAGCAUUGGCAGAGAUGAAGCGACAUCGCAUUACUCCCACUGGUGGACCAAGUCUUUUCGAUUUCGCUAUCAAUCCUCACAGUUUCAGCCAAACUGUGGAGAACAUCUUCUACAUUAGUUUCUUGAUAAAAGAAGGCAAUGUCGGUCUGCACAUGGACGAUAAUGGGUUGCCUACCCUCGUACCCGCGACACCACAUACAGUAGCGCAGCAACGCGAAAAGAGCGCCAUGCGACAUCAGGCUGUUUUCAGCAUAGAUUAUAGCACCUGGCAGUGUUUGAUACAAGCGUUCAAGAUCAACGAACCGUUGAUUCCGCAUCGUGGUACUGGUGGAAGUGAAGCAGCUAUCGGUACUCGCGGUUGGUACAAUGGUUGA